CUGUUCAUUGUUGCGACAAGAUCAUUAUUGGCCCGAGAUAGCGUGUAUAUAAACUCGGAUCUUCGCCCAGACUCUCCGCGCCAUCACACAUCCAUUCGGCUCCCUGCGGUGUCAUCGGACUUCACGCCAACCAGGCGCAGCGAGGGAAUUUGCGCUCUUCGCUCACCAUGGCCGCCACGGACGUCAAAGAUCUCCUGGAGAUCGCGAAGCAGAUCACGAAAGCGAUGGAGUCAGGCGAUCCGGCCAGCACAAUCCUGGCCCUGAUGAAGCCGCUGGAGACUGUGAAGGUGACCGAGGACUCACUCCGAAGGUCCAAGAUUGGCGUUGCGGUCACAAGGGUGCGCACGGCAAACAAGGAUCCUAAGAUUGGCGAGCUCGCAGGGAAGUUGGUAAACAAGUGGAAGCAAGAGGUGUCAAGGCAAAAAGCUGCGAGCGCCGGCGCGAGUCCAGCAGGAGCGAACAAAGCGGCUUCAGCAGCCACAAACGGAGUUCAGAUUCCAAGCGGCAGCCCUGCACCAGCCGCAAAAAUCAGCUCAGAUCCAAAGAGGGAGCCACCGAAAGACAGACCAAAAGUCGACAUCGAGAAGCGCAAUACGACGACCGACGGCAUCAACUUCAAACUCACUGGCGAGCCUGUGCGAGACGGCUGUAUAAAGCUGAUGUACGAUGGCCUUGCCUAUAUGUCCGAGCAUGCGCCCAGCGACAUUCUCAAAGUCGCGCAAGCGAUCGAGACCGCAGCCUUUGGUCAUUUCAAAUCUAGCACGAGCGCCGAAUACAAAGCGCAGAUCCGCAGCCUAUUUCAGAACCUCAAGAUGAAACCCAACGCCAAUCUCCGCCAAGACGUCUAUUCUGGAGCGAUCUCACCACAGACAUUUGUCGCUAUGACGACGGAAGAUCUGAAGAGCGCGGAGAAAAAGGCGGAGGACAAAGCGCUGGAGAAAGAGAACAUGAACGCGGCCAUGACGGCGAAGGAGGAGAAAGCGAUCAGCACAACCAUGCAGUGCGGAAAGUGCAAGGCAUUUAAGGUGAGCUACUCGCAGGCGCAGACGCGAAGCGCCGAUGAACCGCUCACAACGUUUUGCGAAUGCGUGAGUUGCGGACAUCGGUGGAAAUUCAGCUAGAGAGCGGAUCUAUGAGUCGGUGGAUGUUUUGAUGUACCAGGACAUGUAUUUUAUUACGAUAACGAAAUCUCAGCGGCGCUAGACUGCGCUACGAAUCAUGGCCGAUGGGCAGCAGCAGUCAGGGCUAUCGUGCGUAGAAGUAGAACAGCGUUUCGAAGCAGUCUGUAUAUUGACCAGUUUCUAUCAAUCGUCGAGGCGUGUUUUCAGCGCUUCUCGGGUUUUUGAUGGCCGGUACGUGCUGUCCUGUGGACGCACGCGCGUGUGUAUGAUACUUCAGAUCUUCGCUCUGACGAGACCGAUCCA